AUGACGUUUUUGUGUGUUCCCACGAUAUCUACCUCAGAAGUCGACGUGACUGUACCACUAGAAAAAUUUAUUGCUGCGAAAUUCGGACAAUCUGUUGCAAGAGAGUGUAUCAAUCCUCUAGAAAGACUGAAUGUUUUACGCAGUAAGGCUUGCUUUGUUGUGGACUGCCACUUAACCGAACGGAUUGAGUCUCUAGCAAUGUAUCAUGAUGCUUUAUGGAAUUUUGAAAAGCGGAUCAAUACGUCAGAAGACUUAGGAAUUACAUGGAGCUGGAGCGACAUAUUUCAAAAGAACUAUUCAAAGCACUAUUCCUUUAGCUUUGAACGAAUGAAUAUCAUUUUUUGUUAUGCUGCUGUCCAUUCAGCUUUGGCUACAACAUAUAAUUUAAACAUGGAGCACACAUUAAUGAAGGCUAUUUCCAGUUACAAGAUUGCUGCUGAAGCAUUCGAGUAUCUUGCUUCACAUGUUGAACAGUCGAAUAAGAAUAUGACUCAAGAGUUACUGACUGUUUUCAGCGAUGUUAUGAUCGCACAAGCCAAUGAGUGCAAUUUUCUUCGAUUUCGCAAUGAUGAACCUGAAUAUCGACGUAUUGUCAAUCAUAUCAAUAAAUUGUAUAAAAAGUGCCUAGAUUCAUUUUCAGCCACUUCAAAUUGUUUACAAGAUGAAGACAUAGUAAAAUGUUUACCUGAGGACUGGCAGCGAGUUAUUAAAACUAAACAAAAGUAUUACAGUAUUUUAGCCUCAGCUCAUUUAGGUGAAGACAAACGAAAAUGCAAAAAGGACGCUAAGGAAUCUGCUGGUCUUCUAGUUUCUAGAUUCACGCGUAGUCUUUCAUCUCGUCGUUGGUCAGAAAGUUUUGCACCUGUGCAUGAGAUGGAAACCAAUAGUGAAUUACAAGCAACUCCUGUCCUAAGUAGUGAUAUCAUAACAAAGGAGGUCUUGCACAUACCGCUAUUGUUUCCAGAACCAGAAGAUAUUUUUGAAGUGUUGGUUCCAUUUCCUGUUCUUGAAGGUUUAGCUAUUGCUAACGACACACGAACAGCAAUUGUUAAGUCGGAAUUUACUAAGUUGAAGAAUGCUGAUAUUACUUUUGAGAGGGAAAUGACUAAACACAAUUUUCCACGUUCAUUGGAACUUAGUGUAUUUCAAUUGGUUUGUGAAACAGUUUUGAAAGAAUCUUCUAAAAUUCGAAAUUCUGGUGGAUUAGAGGCUUUAAGACAGAAAAUCAAUUCACUAAAACCAAUGGCGGAAGACCGAUUCAAAACGCUUGCAGAAAUAGAAGAGAUGUUACGUAAAGAAGAAAACAAUGAUGUUGCUUUUAGAACUGGCUACACUAAUGUUUUGUUUCGUGAACCAUCAGAAAAGUUGAAUGCUAGUUUUCGUGAAAAAAUUGAUAAGAUACGUCUAUCUGUACAAUUGGUGUCUGAAAAAGACUUGGAUGUGAUAUCUUUAUUCAAACAACACGAAGCAAGCUUUCAAACAUUGAACUUGCCUGAAAAUGAAAUUAUAGCCUAUAUUCAGUCAAAUUUGGAGGUUGAAGAGAUAAGCAUUAUCGCGGAAAUAGAAAAUAUUCGUAAAGAUUUAAUACGUAUUUGGGAACAACUUGAAGUGAAUAAAUGUCAGCGCAAUGAUGUCAUAAAAAUGUGGGAGUUGGUUUGUUUACCACCAAAUUUUAUUGAAACACUAACCAGAUGGUAUCGUACAAAUGGUGAAAUUGAUCAUAAUGAAGUAACUGCAAGAACAUUUCGUGAUAAAGUUGAUGCAGCACGUAUCUGUGUCAAUGAAAAUUUAGACGAACAGAGAAAUCUAUUAUGCCAACUACGCAUAAAAUAUGAACCGUAUAUUAAUCAUAUUCUUAAAUAUCAACAGCACAAAGUGAUAGCAAAUUUACACGAAGUGUGUAAAAUACUUAAAACAAUACGUAAAGAUGUAGAGAAAAGUUUACAUUGGCAUUCUGAAUUUGAAAGAUUAUGUAGUGAAGAACUACAGUUAGUUGACGACUUCUGUCUUGCUCGAAGUGAUGAAAUAAACCAGAUUAUCGCAGAAAAUGAACAGUGGGUAUCUGUGACAAAUGAUUUAAAAUCAACAGACUGUAAGUUCAUUGUUCAGGUGAAAAUAUAACGCAAUUUUUUUUCUACACAUCCCCCAAUAUACUCGUGACUGUAAAAUCUUAUACUGCUAAAUAAUUAAGAUUACUUCAAAUGCAUCACUUGUUAAAUAAAGACAAUUGAGUAAUUGGAAAGCUAAAGGGAAAAAAAAUUAUUUUCAAAUUGAUAGAUUCUUAUAGUCUGUCUGGAUUAAACAUAGAACUGCACCGAAGUGCAGCAGUUCGAGUUGCCACAUUCCCAAUAGCACACAAAGGUAGACAAGAAGAUGAGUGAAGAGAAUCAGUAGAGUUUGACAGGUAUAAGAGCGAAAGAGAAUGGGUAAUGGUAGAAAGAAAUAUGAAAGAUUACAGAGACUGAAUACAUCUGCGCCAUUGACAACGAUUCUUAUAGAUGAACACACAGCAUCGUAUGUAUGCAUAAAUAGUUCCAGUUAGUUUUAACUAUAAGAAUACCGGUUUUCAGAUGAAUCUAUUCAAGUCCUAACCAUAAUCUAAUUUGAUUACUGUGUAUAAAUACACUCCUUGUUUGUAAUCUUUGAGCUAAUCUCAUCCCGCACACGAACUCGAAGGUCUACAAGCAGGGAAGAUAGGAUACUUAACCAACAAGAAUGGGACAUCAAUCAGCGAAAUCUAAAAGAAGGCCUCAAGCAGUUGUCCUCUGGGCUCUGCGGUCACGCAACCAACUUCCACGGUGUGGGCAGCCGGGAAGUAACAA